AUGCGCGCGCAAUUGCCUGCAGACCCGGAAGUCGAGAUCGUAGAGUGGACGUUUCGCGCGCUUUUUCCUGUAGCCCCGGCAGCAGAUUGCGUGGAAAGACCGUAUAGCCUCUGCGCGAGAUCAACAGUGGGCAGCCGAGGACCAUCAAGGGGACAAUUGUUAUUCAGGGAUGUGGCCAUAGAAUUCUCUCAGGAGGAGUGGAAAUGCCUGAACCCUGGGCAGAAAGCUUUAUACAGGGAUGUGAUGUUAGAGAACUACUGGAACCUGGUCUCCCUAUGUGAGGAUAAUGUUCCUCCAGAAGCCUGGAUCUGCUCUGGAAUCUGUCUUCCUGACCUGAGUGUUAUAUCCAUUUUGGAGCAAAAGAGAGAUCUCUGGACUCUGCAGAGUGAUGUGAAAGUAGCAAACAAUCCAAAUGGCAGGGAGUACAUCAAAGGUGUGAAAACAGAGAAGAGUUCUAAAUUGGGAAGCAAUGCAGGAAAUAAGCCACUUAAAAAUCAACAUGGAUUACCUCUUCAGUUACAUCUGGCUGAAUGGCAGCUACUUCAACCUGUAAGGAAUAUUUAUGGAUGUAAGCAUGUUGAAAAAUCUAUCAGUGACAAUUCUUCAGUUUUACCAGUUCAAAUAAGUUUUUCCAAUGUCAAAACCCAUAUUUUUAAUAACUACAAAAAUGAUUUUGGUUUUUCUACAAUACUCCCACAAGAACAGAAAAUACACAUUAGGGGAAAACCUUAUGGAUGUAAAGAGCAUGGCAAAGUCUUCAGAGCGUCUUCAAGCCUUACUAACCAUCAAGUAAUCCAUAUUGCAGAUGUACCUUACAAACAAAGUGACUGUGGCAAGAUCUUUAGUAGCAAUUCAAAUCUUGCACAACAUCAAGGAAUCCAUACUGGAGAGAAGCCUUACAAAUGUAAUGAAUGUGGCAAGGUCUUCAGUCAGAAUUCAUACCUUGCACAACAUCAGAAAAUUCAUACUGGAGAGAAACCUUACAAUUGCAAUGAAUGUGACAAAGUCUUUAGUCACCAUACCUACCUUGCACAACAUAGGAAAAUUAAUACUGGAGAGAAGCCUUACAAAUGUAGUGAAUGUGGCAGAGCAUUUAAUGUGUGUUCCAGUCUUACUGCUCCUCUUGUAAUCCAUACUGGAGAGAAACCUUAUGAUUGUAAGGAACGUGGCAAGGUCUUCAGUCACAAGUCUUCCCUAACCAUUCAUCGGACAAUUCGUACUACAGAGAGACCAUACAAAUGUAAGGAAUGUGGCAAGGGCUUUAGUCGAAUUGCAUUCCUUGUAAGGCAUUGGAAAGUUCAUACUGGAGAGAAACCUUACAAAUGUAAUGAGUGUGGCAAGGUCUUUAUUGGCAAUUCACGCCUUGCACGACAUAGGAAAAUUCAUACUGGGGAGAAGCCUUACAAAUGUAAUAAAUGUGGCAAAGCAUUUAGACAGUAUUCAGAUCUCACUGCCCAUUUUCUAAUCCAUACUGGAGAGAAACCUUAUGAAUGUAUGGAGUGUGGCAAGGUCUUCGGGCACAAGUCUUCCCUAACCUAUCACUGUAGAAUUCAUACUGGAGAGAAGCCUUGCAAAUGUAACGAAUGUGGCAAGGUCUUCCGUCAGAAGUCACACCUUGCACGACAUAGGAAAAUUCAUACUGGAGAGAAGCUUUACAAAUGUAAUGAAUGUGGCAAGGUCUUCGGUCAGAAUUCACACCUUACACAACAUAGGAAUAUUCAUACUGGAGAGAAGCCUUACAGUUGUAAUGAAUGUGGCAAGGUCUUCAGUAGGAAUUCACACCUUUCACGACAUAGGAAAAUUCAUACUGGAGAGAAGCUUUAUAAAUGAAAUGAAUGUAGCAGGGUCUUCAGUCAGAAUUCACACCUUGCACAACAUAGGAAUAUUCAUACUGGAGAGAAGACAUACAGUUGUAAUGAGUGUGGCAAGGUCUUUAGUAAAAAUUGAAUCCUGGUACAACAUUGGAGAAUUCAUACCAGAGAGAAGCCUUAAAAAUUUAGUGAAGCUGGUAGGGCACAGUGGCUUACACCUGUAUUCCCAUUACUUUGGGAGUCCAAGGUUGGUGGAUGAUGGGGUCAGGAGAUCAAGACCAUCCUUGCUAACAUGGUGAAACCCUGUC